AAAGAGUGUUAUACGUGCAAGUUUGUUCGCCCAGCGCGAUCAAAGCACUGUUCUAUCUGCGAUCGAUGUGUUGGGAGAUUCGAUCAUCACUGCCCAUGGAUCAACAACUGUGUUGGAUCCAACAACAACAGGUUGAGAAAGGAUUGUUGCUGCAGAUGA